UCAAAACCCAAUAUUAGACAAAAACUGAACUAUUAGGCAAACUUGGUAAGGAGCGGCAGGUCAUGAAUUCGUCACUCCCACCACCACCGCCGCCACAAAGUUACUUUUUGUGCAAACGUUCUUCGAGCAACUGAUGAAAGUAUUUUGCAAGAUGAGAUAAAAAAAAAAAAAAAAACUAAACUUUUUUCGGGGGCCUGGUCCUCGUGUGCCUGACCCCUUCGUGACCUCCCACCCGCCUCAUUCAAGCAGGAUGUGCUGCAGCAGCGCCACCUCUCGGUGUUUUUUUUUUAAAAUCCACUGUCGUUCCUUUGUGUACAAAAUGAAUCGAAACUCGAAAUCCAUCACGUGUUAAGUGAUCGUGCUGGAGUUUGGUUUGGCCAAAAGGAAACGGCGGGCCUGCCAGAAAAACUUUGGAUUGGACAGAAAGGAAAAAAAAAAGGAGGAGGGACAAGCGAAGAUUUGAGCUGAGAAACGAAGGAAAGGGCAAAUGUCCCCGUCGGAGACCGUCCAGCAGAGGGCGACAGUUGCACUCGACUCUGCCUGGCGGUCGGUCCAAAGACGCGAAAUCUUUCACGGCAGGAAAAGCGACGAGUGCGACGUCCUUCCGUCUGGCGAAGAUUUCGGUUGCUGCCGAAAAACUGUUUUGAAUUUUGCCGCCCUGCUCUUGGCUCGAAGUUGUCCAAUUCCCGAGCAGGAACUCGAGCUUUUACUGUGAAGGGGCACUUGGCAGGAAGUCUGCUUUUCCGCUGCCUUCGAGCAAUGCAGCGAGCUUGCCGCGCUCGGAUGCUGCUGACGGACUGACUGAACGAACUCACAAGUGCUGCACUGGAGUUGGUUCACCUGGAGCGCGUCUCACGACCCCCAAACGCCGAGAUGAACCCCCAGUGCGCCCGCUGCGGCAAGAUUGUCUACCCGACGGAGAAAGUCAGCUGCCUGGACAAGAACUGGCACAAGGGCUGCUUCCACUGCGAGGUUUGCAAGAUGACCCUCAACAUGAACAACUACAAAGGUUACGACAAGAAGCCCUACUGCAACGCACAUUACCCCAAGACGUCUUUCACCACCGUGGCCGACACGCCCGAGAACCUGAGACUCAAGCGCCAGAGUCGGCUGCAGAGUCAGGUCAAAUACAAGAAAGAUUUCGAGGAGAGCAAAGGUCGCGGCUUCAGCACGGUGGCCGACACGCCCGAGAUGCGACGGCUGCGACGCACCCAGGAACACGUCAGCAACGUACGUGAGCCCGCAGACGAACGCGGGCGUUGGGUAGAAAAAGUCCACGCACCCCUCUUCAAGGGCCAGGCAUCCGUAUAAGGAAGGAGCUCACGACCGGCAUUCGAAGAGGGGUGUGUGGACUUUCGUCCUACACUCUUUCAAUGUAUGCGUGGAGUGGAUGUGGUGCACUUUUGUCAGUGAGCGCGCACACACAAACACUCGCGCGCACGUGCAGCAGACAUUUUCCAAGGAGGACAAGAUGGAGACGACGUCGUCCUCUCGUGAACUGCGGAAAACGGAGGAGGAGGACGACGACGACGAGGAGGAGGAGGCCAGAGGACGGCGCGUCGGCGGGUGGAAGUUACGUAAGCC